AUGCUGACGGGCUCCCACCCGUAUGUUGAUGCGGAUGGCGAUCUUAUCACUGCUAUGAUGGGCGAAGGCAUGGUCGAGUACGCCGAGUAUCUUUCGCGCGGCGUUAUCCACUUCAUCUCACGUUUGCUCGCAAUUGAUUCCCGUAUGCGCUACUCGGUUGCCCAGGGCUCCUCACACCUUUGCCUUACCGGGAAGCCUGUACCAAUGACCGGACACCCGUCAGAGCUUAAAAGACGGCCCCAAGAAAUACACUGA